AUGUCUUGGUACAAAUAAUUAGGAAACUCAGUAAAAGAAAUGAGAUUCGUCUUCUGUUAAACAUGUGGAAGAUCAGAAGGCAUAAGAAAUCUUGUAUCCAAAAAUUAUUGGCAAUGGAAGGAUGCGAACCCUCACUUCCCAUUUGUUGUUAGAGAGUGUGAAUCUAUUGACCCAUACAUCCUCAUCAGAUACAAAUACGGUGUUGAAAAGAAAGCCUUGAUCGGAAAUCUUAAUGAAUCGGAAUUGGAAUAAGUGAUUGGACAAUUGGUUGCGCAAUCCAAUAAAGUGAAUUCAACUAUCUGAUUAGCAAUAUCAUAAUCAAUAUAAUCAAAAAUACAAAAUUAAACUAUCUUA